AUGGUGGAACAUUCCACCCAUAUUCGAGACGUACUCCUUUACGAGUUCGAAUCUGGCCACCCCGUUACUGAAGCCCAUCGAAACUUAAGUCAAGUAUUCGGCACUGAAGCCCAUUCUGAGCGGUCUGUGCGCGCCUGGUUCCAGCGCUUCAAAGCCGGAAACAAGAGACUCGAAGAUGAGCUUCGCUCUGGUCGACCGACUGCAAAAUCGUUCGAUGAACUGAAGAAUCUGGUGGAGCAGCAUCCAUAUGAAGGUAUGCGGUAUUUUGCUGCCAGUCUUGGCUGUUCGGUGUCCACCGUGAGCAAUGGACUGCGAUUUCUCGGAAUGGUAAAAAGCUCGCUGCUCUCCAGAAGCCGCAUAAUCGACUGGCUGGACACCAUUGUCACUGGAGAUGAAAAAUGGAUCAUCUGCAUCAACCACAGCCGCAAACGUGCGUGGUGGGCUGGCGAUGAAAUGCCGGAUCUACAGUUUCGAACUGCUGCCGGACAACACGACGGUUACUGCCGAGGUCUACUGCGCUCAACUGCAAAGACUGGCCGACAAGAUCCGCAAAGAGCACCCGAAGCUCGACAACGUUCGCCUGCUGCACGAUAA